GGUCCAAAAUCGAAAUCCGAGAAUGAUGGGGUUGGAAAGUUGCAAUUUUUACAUAGUUAGGGUUAGGGUUGACAGAGUUGUUACUCUUCCUUUUCGGUGGGAGUGGGGACUCUCCCCCACCUUUCUCCUCUCUGUGCAAGACCGUUACCUUUUUUUCUUGCCAAUAAUCAAUUACGCGCUUUCGGUUGACACACUUACACCUAACAUAACCAUUUCCCAUUUCAUUUCUGUUUUGUGGUUACUUUUUUCUUUUCUUUCCAUUCUUUAAUUUCGUUCCUUCUUAGGGAGAAAAAAACAAGGGUAAACAAGUGGUGAACAAUAAUUGGAUCCAUUCAAGUUAAUCCUGCUCCUUGAAAUGCUUUCAUGCCAAUGAGAAAAAAACAAGCUUGGUUACAUUGUUGCUCUUGCUAAGAUUCUCAAAUUAGAAGGUUACCAUGCCAUGGCAAUAACCUAGAUUCCAGAAAAUUCACUCAUAUUCACUCAUACAUGUCUUAUGUUGACCUGGCUAUAACGUCCUUCAGUUUAUAAAACCCUUUCCUCAUAUCUCUUACAGAGUUGUUAUCUGUUUCAGGGUUCUUGAUCUGAACUAUUUGGUUGAACCUUGACUGGUUAUGGCAGUGGAAGAUUAUGAUAUUGAAACAAUAACAACCUUCACCAAAGAUCAAGCUAAGGUUACUGCUUCGCGCUAUCUCAGCGCUCCGCAGGGUUCGUGUCAUGAUUUGUGCAAAUUCGGCAUCCAAAAUGCCACCACCGAAGCUAAACCAUGGAAAAGAGCAAAGAAAAGGGUAACUGUUUCCACAGGGGGAAUCAAAAACAAAGUACAGGAAGAGAAUAUAACUUCUUUGGCAUGGACAAAGAAAUCAGGCAUUAAUUCAAAGCCUUCUACAACUUCAAAAUUUGGAAGUUCCAAUACUCUUGCUGACAUCAAGGAAGUAAUAAAUGAAGAAACAGUCAAUUCAAAGAAAAAUUCACGACCUUCUGCAGAAACAAAUGUUUCCACCAAGGAGCACAAUAACAAUGAUCUGAGAAAAUCAGUAAGCCAUUCAAAGCCUUCUCCAAAAUCAAAAUUUGGAAGUUCGAAUAGUCUUGUUGAUACCAAGGAAGUAAUAUAUGAAGCAGCAGUCAAUUCAGAGAAAAAUUCAACAACUGAAGAAACAAAUGUUUCCACCAAGGGGCACAAGAAGAAGAAGCAGAAUAACAGUGAUCAAAGAUUUUCCACCAAGGAGCAGACUAACACCGAUUUAAGAAUUUCAACCAAGGAGCACAAUAGGAGGAAUCUAUGGCAAGCACAGCAAGAAUCUUCAAAAAUUAUAGCUUUAAUUGGAGACAAGGAAUAUCCAAGUCAUACACAAGGGGAGACAAUAAAAGACAAAGUUGUUUCUUGUUCAAGCAGCAGAAAACACUCUGAAAUGAAUAGCAAACAGAAGACAAAGCUAUCAUUAAUUGAAGGUAAGACUACCAAGACUACCAAAAAAGCUUCAAAAUGUACGACGAAGAAAGCUUCAAGCUUGAAUGCCAAGACUACCAAGAACUUGAAAAGUGUGUCUUCUAGGAAAGGUAAUGAGAAGGUUGAAGCCAAACCUGAAUUAGCCAGUAAUGACAUUCUACGUGAAAUUGUGCAUACUCUAGACGAGGAACAUACUCUACCUUCUGACCACAGCAUGUUGCCUUCAGCAGCAACGAAGGGCCUUAAUCAUGCUGGACAUGGAACUUGUCCAAGUGAGUCUUUGUCUAUUCUAUCCGCUGGAGGUGAAGGCAAGAGAUCACAUACCCGGACACUAUCGAGUUCAUCUCUCUCUCUUAUAUCCUUUGGAAACAAAGGCAAGAUAUCACAUUCGCGGACACCAUCAGGUUCAUUCCUCCCUCUUAUAAACUUUGGAAGUAAAGGCAAGAAAUCACAUUCACGAACACCAUCAGGUUCAUCUCUCCCUCUUAUAUCCUCUGGAGGUAAAGGCAAGAAAUCACAUUCACGGUCAAUAUCAUUAUCUGAUUUCUCAUUAAACAUUUCCAAUGGAAAACCUGGCAAGAAAUCACAUUCACGGUCAACAUCAUUAUCUGAUUUCUCAUUCAAUGGAAAACCUCUUAUAUCCUCUGGAGGCAAAGGCAAAAAAUCACAUUCACGGUCAACAUCAUUAUCUGAUUUCUCAUUAAACACUUCCAAUGGAAAACAACACGAUGAUGCUACUUUGAAGAAGACAGGAAACAGUGAAAAUGUGAAGAUGGGGUAUCAAGUCAAGCCAAGAGUGAGCACAGUAGUUGGGGAAACAAAUAAGGUUGCUCCUCGGAAGCUUACUUUUAGGAGAGGAAAGGUGAUUGAAAUUCAGCCCGAGAACAACAACAUUCCAAGGAGACUCAAAUUCAGGCCGGUGCGCACCCUUAAUUAUGACAAUCCUAGAGAUAUCAAUGCUCCCACAAAUGUCAUAACUGAAAUAUAUUCACCUAAAUUCCAAAUCGCAGAAGCAAUUAAAAUGAGAAGCAUUGCAAGAGAGACUGGUACAGAGGUAGAUGGUUCAAAACCAGAAUCUGAGGAGGAAGUGUUAAUUAGGCCCCCAAGUGUGGAGAAGAAAGCAAACCGGCGUUUGUAUAACAAUGUGAUUGAAGAGACAGCAACCAUGCUUGCUGAGGUCAGGAAGAGCAAGGUCAAGGCACUUGUUGGUGCAUUUGAAACAGUAAUAUCUAUUGAUUCUCGUAGACAAUCCAGGUCCGCUUUACCAGAAGUAAGCACACCAUGUUAAGUUUGCCUCAGGUCUUGAAAUGUGUUCAACAUGUAAAUGGUGUGUAUAUAUAGAUGAUUAAGCAUGAGAGAUACAUACAUGCAAGAGGAAAGGUCUGAUUCUGAGAGUUGAUUUUCUGUCACAGGCUUUCUGAAAACUGCAAUUAUUUGUGGCUUGGAUUUGUUGAGCUGGGAUUGUUAAUGCUGUUUCUUGUACUGUUAGUGGUUGCUAAUAAAGAAUUGGUGAAUGAGGGGAUUUCACUGUUAUUUUGUACUGUUAGUGAUUUAGUGGUUGCUAAUAAAGAGAUUUUGCAUUAAUAAUCAUUCAAGAAUCA